AACAAAUUGUUAUUCGUAAUGGCCGAUACGAGAGUUGCCUCAAAUAUGAAGAUACUUCCAUAACAGUAAAUGAACUUUCGGUUGUUUUUUAUCACUGAAUGAUAAGAAAAAUAUGAAGUAAAUGCGGUUGAAGAAUUUGUUAUUGACUGACAGCCACAUUCGUUAAUUUAUUUACGCUUCUAAUCUCGCGGAAGGGGUCAACCAGAUCUCUCAUUUGGCAAAAUCAUCAUUUUCUACGUAAUCGUACAGUGACAUUUAAUGGUUAGACUUCGAAAUGUUUUUAUUUCUCAGUCUCGCUUCUCUGUUCGCAUACGCCACUGCCGGAAAUAUAAACACACCAAAUAUUGUAAAUAAUUCCCUUGUGGAGGAAGAUGAAGAAUCUUAUUACCCUUUCGAAAAUUGGUCUGAUCCUUUCGACUGGCAAUUAUUGAAAGAAUUCGCAGAUCCCAAGUAUAAAAAUGUAAUAAUAUCCCCAAUAAGUUUAAAGAUUCUCCUAGGCCUUCUUUACGAGGGGUCUAGUGGAUCAACCGAGAAAGAGUUUCAAAAUGUACUAAAGUUUUCGGCCCAGAAAAGAGUUGUUGGUGAAAACUUCUUCGAAAUUCUGGAAGCACUGCAACCCGCUGAAAGGAAAGACUAUGUGCUUAAUUUAGGUACACGAAUCUUCAUGGAUUCGUCCAUAAAUCCACAAGCUCAGUUCGCCAUCAGAGCCAAGCAAAACUACCAGACAGACAUAAAACUUCUUGACUUCACAAAUGGUUCAGCUUCUGCAUGUUCGAUUAACGAUUGGGUUUCAACUGUUACAAAUGGGAAAAUACCUUCUUUGGUGACGGAAGAUGAACUAGGGGGCGAAAUAAUGCUCCUCAUCAACGCCUUAUAUUUCAAAGGCAGUUGGAGGCACGAGUUCCCCAAAAAUCGUACAGAAAACGGAGGAUUUUAUGUUUCACCGACGGAAGUUGUUAACGUACCCCUUAUGAAAACUACGAAUAAAUUUUUUUAUUUUGAAUCUACCAGCUUGGACGCGAAGAUUCUGAGACUACCUUACAAGGGUAGUAAGUAUGCAAUGUUCCUUGUCUUGCCUAACUCGAAAGGAGGACUUAAUACCUUGUUGAAAAAUAUCAACUUGGACACUUUGAAGCAGAAUUUGUACUAUAUGGACUACGUUCCGGUUGACGUCACCUUACCUAAACUGAAUUUCGAUUUUAAGGUGAAGUUGACGAGAAUCUUGCAAGAGUUUGGUUUACGACAGAUGUUUCAAAAUACGGCUUCAUUCCCAGGGAUUGCUAAAGGGGAAAAGAACAAUUUGAGAAUGUUGUACGUUUCGGACAUUCUACAAAAAUCUGGCAUUCGAUUCGACGAGGAGGGUAGUUCUGUUUAUUCUGCGACAGAUGUCCAAGUGAUCAACAAGUUUGGAGAGGUUGAUAACGUAUUCAAUGCGACUCAUCCUUUCAUGUUUUUUAUCGAGGAACAAAAAAGAGGAACAAUUCUUUUUGCUGGAAAGGUGGAAAAUCCUCUCCACUUAGACACAUUGACCAGUAGGGGUGGUGCUCCGGAUAAGGAACAAAAUAAAGUGUUGAAUACAUCCCUAUCUAUUGGGCAAGUACUAAAUUUAGAACCCCUAGAUUCUUCGGCAUCCAGUACAAUCGUUAAAAGAUUCAACUUCUUCGACUUAGAACUAUUGAAGGAAUUCAGCGAUUUAGAUGAAAAUGUUUUUGUUUCGCCUGCAAGUAUUAAGACGACCCUCUCUAUGAUCCUUGAGGGGGCCAAAGGAAAAUGUGCUCAAGAAAUCGGAAAUGCCCUUAGAAUCGAUGACAUUGAUAAUGUAGAAAUUAGGAAGCAACUCAAUAAGCUGCUCAAGGACCUCAAUGAAAAAACUGGAAAUAAUAAACUGACCACCGCAAAUGCAGUUUUUGUAUCAGAUAAACUGAAUAUUGUGACAGAUUACCAAAUGAAAGUUGCUCAACAUUAUAAUGCAAUCAUAAAACCAAUUAACUUUUCUAAUCCACUAAAAGCUAUCGAUGAAAUCAACCAAUGGGUGAAGAAUGCGACUGAAGGUAGCAUCGAUACUAUUAUCGGAGAUAACUUAUUCGAAGAAUCGACCUUAGUAAUUGCGAAUGCAUUAUACUUCAAGGGAAAAUGGAAGGUAUCAUUUGAUAAAAAAAUGACUUCGAUGAGGUGCUUCACAGUUGCAAAUGUAGGAUGCAGAAUGGUCCCAAUGAUGCAAAAAGCUGAUACUUUAAACUAUAACUUGAUAUCCGAUCUGAAUGCCCAUGCGGUAGAAAUACCUUACGAGGAUGACAAGUACUCGAUGCUUCUUCUGAUUCCAACAGUUGGAACAAAUGUCAGAAUUCUAGCAAGCGAUAUGCAACACGCUCAUUUUGAGAAUAUUAUAGGUUCACUGAUAUCAACAGAAAUGAUUUUGGAGAUGCCUAAGUUUGAAAUAGAAAGUGAACUCAGUUUGAUCGAAUACUUGAGACCUCUCAAAAUUCGAGAGAUUUUUGGAUCCAAAGCUAACUUAACAGGUAUCGUCAAUUCCAACGUAAGAAUAGGAAAUAUAGUUCACAAAGCUAGGGUAGAGGUUAAUGAAGAAGGCACUAAAGCUGCAGCUGUAACAUCUGCUGUGGUAAUACCUCUAAUGGGUGAUACGACUUUGAAAGUUUCAGCUGACAAACCCUUCAUAUUUUUCAUAUAUCAAAAAGAAUCUAGAAAUAUUAUUUUUGAAGGAAUUGUCCAUGAACCAAAGUUCUGCAAAGAAGAAAUCAUUCCACAAGUUGCACAAAAUCGUAAAUUUGCUCCCAUUUUCCGAAAUCGCAAUGUUUUACAGCCGUCGAAGACCAGAAAUAAUUAUUCGUAUCGGUGACGACUUAUCAGGCGCCAUUUAGGUUCAUACAACUUCGCAUAAGUAUAAAGUUAUUUUAGUUUUGAUAUUUUGUGAUGUUUGUACAUUCAAAAAAAUAAAUAUUUGAAGUAUA